CCCUAAUUUCUCUAUUUUUGGGGAUUUCGCGAUUCUUCUCAUUUGAGGGGAAGACCAGAUCUUACCAGAGAGAGAAAGAGAGAGAGGUAUAUCAAGUAUCCGGCGACAGAUUUGCAGUGAAGCUAAGCCAUGGCAGCGCUAGUGAAAUGGUUUAUCGACCCAAAGAAGAACCCUCUCGCAGCCAUGCACAAGAAAUCCGUUUCUCGCCGUCUUCGCAAUUACGGCCUCCGAUACGAUGAUUUGUUUGAUCCUUAUUUUGAUCUCGACGUGAAGGAAGCCCUUAAUCGCCUCCCACGUGAAAUUGUUGACGCUAGGAACCAGCGUCUCUUGCGAGCCAUGGACCUUUCCAUGAAGCACGACUACCUUCCUCCGUCCUUGCAGGCUCAACAAACCCCAUUCAGGGGUUAUCUUCAAGAGAUGUUGGCCCUUGUGAAGAGAGAGAGUGCAGAACGAGAAGCUCUGGGAGCAUUGCCCCUUUAUCAACGCAGUUUGCCUUAAGUGAAAGAUCAUCAGCAUCGAAUUAUCCGAACCAGUAUGAUUUUUCUCGAUCUGCGUGUCAAAUAAUGGUUUUGCUUAAUUGCUGAAAUAUGAUGUUUCAAGUAUUUAUUUUAUAGCAAACUCUCUCCUGAUAAUGGGGUACACUAGGGGAUGUUUUGUUAUGUUUCAAACUUUUGAUUGUUGUUUAUUUUGGUCUGUCUGGGAUUUUAAUACAUGUCUCUAUGCUCUCCUGUGAUGAAAUUGAAUCAUCACAAAACUUAAUAAAAUAGGCAAACCAUUAAAUCUCU